AUGCUUUUGCUAUUGUUCGCCAUGCUAAUCUCGCUACAUCCGAUCAAAGUCAGGGGCGCCUGCACGUUUCUGGAUCAUCAAGCAUGCGAUGAGGUUUGCAAGACUGACAAUUUUUGGUAUGGACAUUGCAUCGGUUGGGAUGGUUUCAACUUUAGCUGUAAAUGCUAUGAAUACAUGGCUCCACUUGAUGGAAAGAUAUGCGUAACAAGACAGUUGGGAUGUUCGGAAAAAUGCAAAGAUCAGGGCUCCGAUGGCGGCUUUUGCUUCCCUCAAUUGGAUGCAAGAAAACAGCUCAAAACCGCGUGCGAGUGCUUCAAAAAACUUCAAAAUGUGUUACGCAGAAAGCGUUCGACGAAUUAUAUAGAUAAUAAGAAGAAAUAUGUACGAGUUUAA